AUGAGCUCAAAACGAAAGCAAAACGAUCAGGCCGCUAUGGAAGCCGCGAUCGAAGCCUGUGACAAUGGCUCCAGCAUUGCUGCCGCCGCGAAACUGCACCAUGUACCACGCACGUCCUUGCAGCGCCACCUUGAUCAGCGCUGGAACGACGAACCCCCGCAGCGUCCUGGGCCUAAGCCUCGUGUGCCUACCGAGGUCGAAAACGACCUGUUCAUUUGGAUUGCAAAAAUGCAAACGAAAGGACGCCCACCAACUCAAGCGUACAUUGUCAACAAGGCGAACCAGUUGGCCAAGAAGUUGAAGCGCCCAGUAGUCAGCCGGCACUGGUACAAGAGCUUUCAAAAGCGACAGCCACUUCUCACGACCCGCAUGGCACAAACAAUCAACCGCUCGCGCAACGCCGUGACCAGCACGAACAUCGAAGAAUUCUUCACGAAAAUCCCCUUGUGGCCCUCACGACAACAGCGCCUCCGUCGAGUGAUGUGUGCCAUCAAGAUUCGAGGACAUCUGAAAGAACGCAACUACGUCAAGUCCAUUGCACUUCUCAAGAACCAAGAGGAUUCUCCUUGGAACGUGAUGAACCAAUCGCGUGACCAAGGUUCUUUCGUGACCACUGAAUUGAUCACCCCUGCGGCGUUCGACAACCUCCUGCAACACUUCCAACAAGAGUACACCGUACUUUCCGGACCAAGGCGCGGCGGCCGCCGUCCCCGCAUUCAACACAAGCACGCAGUGCUUGCGAUGUUGUUGCAUUUCUACACGGCAGAGGUUGAAGCAAAAUCGCUUCAAGAGCUCUUUGCCCUGACUCCCAGUACGUUUCCCGGGUUUAAGCCGUGCGGAGACAGCACUUGUAGCAGAGCAAAAGGCUGCGAUAAUGUGGCCAUCAAAGACGAAGCAGGCUUACUGGACGUUAAAGUCGAACCUACAUGA